CGCAUUCGUCGCUUUUGCUCUUGCUUUCAUCUUCGUGCUCGCCAUGCCACCCGCAGGCAUCCCCGCUUCACGAGCGCUGCCGUCCAGGGAGUCUGGGCUUUUCAAGGAGGUCCUCCACUACUACGAGGACAGGCAGCUCAAGAAAGGUCUCAAGGCUGCAGACACUAUCCUCAAAAAGUUCCCCAACCAUGGCGAAACGCUCUGUAUGAAGGGUCUCAUCCUGACCCACAUGGGUCGCCGCGACGAGGGUCUUGAGCUGGUCAAGCAGGGUGUCCGCUAUGACCUCACCUCCCAUAUAUGCUGGCACGUCUUUGGCCUCAUCCAGAAAGGCCAGAAGAAUUACGACGAGGCUCUCAAGUCCUACACCCAGGCACUUCGCUUCGACAAGGAAAACAUGAACAUACUCCGCGAUGCGGCCCAUUUGCAGACACAGCUGCGACACUAUGAUGCGCUGGUCGAGACUCGCCACACACUCCUCCGCCUGCGUCCCCAGCUGCGACAAAACUGGAUCGCGCUUGCUGUUGCAUACCAUCUGAGCGGGAAUAUCCUAGAAGCCAAGAAUGUGCUCGAGCAGUUCGAGCGGAUAGUCAAGAAUGUGCCGGACUACGACGUUGAGAUGUCUGAGGUCCUGCUUUAUCAUGUACGCGUCCUUGAAGAGCUCGGCGAACAUACGGAGGCGCUUGGGCUUCUAGAUACCAGUGCCAAGUCGCGCGCCAUCAUUGACCGCGUUGCGAUCAUGGAGUUCCGAGCGCGGUUACUUUCGAAGCUGGGCAGUUCGGAAGCGCAACAGGCCUGGCAAGGCUUGAUUGAGCAGAACGCGGACUCAUAUGAUUACUACAAGGGCUUCCUCUCGAAUAACGGCAUUGACAUCGGUGGGUUGCAUCCACUCCUCCAUGUAUAUACACCUAAUGUGUAUGCAGACGCGCUCACGGAUGAGACCCGGAGCAAAGCCCUGAAGACUCUCCGUGAUUUCUCUGAGCAAUUUACCCGCGCUGCUGCUCCUUUACGUCUUGCGCUGACCGUUGCUACGGGGGACGAGUUCAAGGAGCUCGUCGAGCCUUAUCUCCGCACGCGCCUCGAGAAAGGCGUUCCCUCAUUAUUCACUGACCUCAAGGCGCUCUAUCGCAGCCCAGAGAAGCGGGACACGCUUGAGGCCGUAGCGCACACACUUCUUGACUCACUUGCACACGCGCCCGACGCGCCGUGCCCAUCGACCAUCGACCCAACGAUGUAUGUGUGGACGCUUUAUUUCCUCGCGCAGCACCACUCGCACUUGGGACAGCACGAGAAGGCACUGGAGCUUCUGGACGCGGCAAUCGCGCAUACACCUACCCUACCUGAGCUGUACAUGUUCCGUGGUCGCGUGCUCAAGCGUUGCGGAGAUCCAUUCGGAGCGGCGAGGUGGGUAGACCAAGCGCGACUGCUGGAUUUGCAGGACCGGUUCCUCAACGCGCGAUGUGGGAAGUACCGGUUGAGGGCGGGGCUUGUCGAGGAGGCUGUCGAGGUCUUCGGCUUGUUUACCAAGAAGGAUGCGCCGAGCCCUUCACAGGAUCUCGAGGACAUGCAGUCACUGUUGUACCUCACGGAGGAGGCGGACGCGCAGCUGCGCAACGGUAACUACGCCAUGGCACUGAAGAAGUACACGGCGAUCCAGAAAGUCUUUGAUGACUUCGAGGAUGACCAGUACGACUUCCACGGCUACUCCGUGCGAAAGUUCACCGUCAACAUCUACCUGAACCUGCUGAAGUGGGAGGACACUCUGCGAUCGCAUCCCCAAUACGUUCAUGCCGCGAUCGAAGCGUCCCGCAUACUCGUCAGGUUGCAUGACGAUCCCACAAUCGCCACUUCCGCUUCUCAAACGCUCUCGGAUGCAGAGAAGAAGGCGAAGAAAAAGGCGAAGAAGGCUGAGAAGAAGGUGCAAGAGGAAGCUAAGAAAACUCCUGGUACGGCUACGAACGAGGAUAAGGGCCUCGACGCAAGCCCACCGAAGGAUGAUGACCCUGACGGGAGCAAGCUCCUGCAGGCACCCGAACCUCUUGAGCGUGCCGCUAAAUGGCUUAAGCCGCUCAGUACGCUGGCAGCGAAUAACGUCGAGGCGUGGAUUGCGAUCUAUGAUGUUGCGAUACGACGAAAGAAGUACACCCAAGCAUUGCAGGCUCUCACCCACGCGCAUAGUCUGAGUGCGGACUCGCCACAAUUGCAUGUCCGGCUAGUCGACUUCAAGAAGCGAUGGUCAUCACUGACUGAGAAGCCGUCAGAGAACGUCGCAGUCGCAGUGUCGCCGUUGCUCUCGAAGCUCGUGCCGGACGAAGUGUCCCUCGAGCUCUUCAACUCGCAAUAUCUCCAAACCCACUCGUCUCGCGGAGAUGCGAUUCUCGCUGCCGCGCAGGUGUCGCGUAUACUGGAUGCGCCGCGAGAAGAGGUAGAGGGUGCUGUCUUUAGCGCACUAAACGCCGACGUCGAGCUCAGGCUGGAGACCGCUGUUGCCAUCGACUCCUUCCUGUUGGAAAUCAAGUCUCCUCGUGUGGACGAGUUCCGGGCAGGGUGCCAGCCACGGUUCGGGCUCGCAACCCUGUUUGCCCCGCGCGCGGAGCUGCCUGAGCUGCGUAAGAGCGCAAUUCAGCGUGCCAUUGCGGAGACGAAUGCGGAGAAGGACGAGGUCAUUAGCUGAGGGACCUACAUCUGCUUCUGCUGUGUACAUAUUGCCACGUACAUAGAUCGUGUCGCAUUCUAGUGUAGCUCUAGCAACACCAGUGCUUUGAAUAUCUGCUAUGUUAUGAAAGC